AGUCUGAGCUAUUCUAUGUCACAGGAAAGAAUUUGAGGUUGAUUGAAGAAGUGGUGACUUAAAUGGCUAGAGUUUGUUCGCCAUACUUUGAUCCUGAGUAUGAGAACCUGAGCACAAGAAUCAAUCCCCCAAGGGUCUCCGUAGACAACUCUAGCUGCAGUGACUGUACUCUAGUCAAGGUUGAUAGUGUCAACAAACCGGGAAUUCUGCUUGAAGUCGUGCAAAUCUUGACAGACCUUGACCUCAUAAUCACCAAGGCCUAUAUCUCCUCAGAUGGUGGAUGGUUCAUGGAUGUAUUUCACGUCACGGAUCAGCAAGGAAAAAAAGUUACAGACAGCAAAACCAUUGAUUACAUAGAGAAGGCUUUGGGACCAAAGGGCCAUAUCACAGACGUGCUGAAUGCUUGGCCAGGAAAACGGGUUGGAGUACACUCUUUCGGGGAUCAUACAGCCAUUGAGCUUAUUGGCAAAGACCGACCAGGUCUCUUAUCUGAGAUCUCUGCUGUCCUUGCCAACCUUCACUUUAAUGUAAUUGCUGCCGAAGUAUGGACACACAAUAGACGAAUAGCUUGCGUUGUGUAUGUCAAUGAUAAUACUGCAUGCCAACCUGUGGAGGAUAAAGCCCGAUUAUCUACUAUGGAGGAGCAGCUCAAGAACAUCCUACGCGGGUGUGAGGACGAUGAGAAAGUUGGUCGCACUAGCUUCUCUAUGGGAUUCACCCAUGUUGAUAGGCGGCUCCACCAGAUGUUGUUUGCUGAUAGGGAUUAUGAGGGUGGUGGACUGGCAAAUGAAGUUGAUCACUUUCCUCCCUGCUUCCAACCAAAGAUCACCAUUGAGCGUUGUGAAGAAAAAGGGUACUCGGUGGUUAGUGUGCGGUGCAAAGACCGUGCAAAGCUCAUGUUUGACAUCGUAUGCACACUCACAGAUAUGCAGUACGUUGUUUUCCAUGCCUCCAUUUCAUCUGAUGGCCCAUACGCAUCACAGGAGUAUUUUAUUCGUCACAUGGAUGGUUGCACCCUCGAUACUGAAGGAGAGAAGGAAAGGGUCGUCAAAUGUAUUGACGCUGCAAUUCGGAGAAGAGUAAGCGAGGGUCUAAGGCUAGAACUGUGUGCAAAGGAUAGAGUAGGCUUGCUAUCUGAAGUAACAAGAAUUCUGAGGGAGAAUGGAUUGUCAGUUACAAGGGCUGGCGUCACAACAAUUGGGGAGCAAGCAAUGAAUAUCUUUUAUGUUAGAGAUUCUUCAGAGAAUCCCGUGGACAUAAAAACAAUAGCAGCACUUCGUAAAGAAAUCGGGCAUACAAUGAUGUUCAAUGUGAAGAAAGUCCCAACAAAUUCUGCUGAGGCACCUGAGACUAAGGGAUGGGCUAAGACAAGCUUCUUCUUUGGGAACUUGUUAGAGAGAUUCUUGGCUUGACAAGAGGUCCAUAUGACUGUGAGGUACAUUGAAAAUGUACAGAAGAAUAAAUCUGUUCAGGAAGUUAUCUGGACAGAGUUUCUGCUUUUGUACACACUGUAUAACAUGUAUGCUUGUAACUUUGUAACUUGUGGACUUUGCGCAACACUUUCUUUUUACUUCGUUUUGACAUUUGAUCCUUUU